UACGCGUGCCGGAAGUAGAAGUUCACACACAUGUGAAAAAUGGCUGAAGCAAUGAGAGCAAACGUAGCCGCCUUAUUGAAAGGAAUUGAUAGAUACAAUCCAGAAAACCUACUAACUCUGGAAAAAUACAUGGCAGCCCAAGCACAGGAGAAUACGUAUGAUCUGGAGGCUAACCUGGCUGUACUUAAAUUAUACCAGUUUAACCCAAAUCACUACCAGGCUAGUGUGGCUGCCCAGAUCCUGUUGAAAGCUCUCACCAACCUCCCACACACAGACUUUACACUGUGUAAAUGUCUCAUAGAGUCAACAAAGCAUGAAGGAGAGGCUAUGACACCAGUCAUACAUUUAGCAGAUCUGUUGGAAACCUGUCAAUUUCAUGAGUUCUGGAAAGAGUUAAAAAGCAACCCUUUAGUAACAUCAAACAUAAAAGGUUUUGACGACUCAAUACGGAAAUUUGUGUGUCAUGUGAUCGGAGCGACUUAUGAGACGAUACCUGUCCACACACUAACUGAGCUGUUGGGAGAUGUCACAGAGGAGCAGGUACGACAAUGGAUCAACAAAUAUGGAUGGACCCUUCAAAAUGAUGGCAAUGUCUUCAUCCUGAACCAAGAGGAAAAUGUCAAAACAAAAAAUAUCACAGAAAAAAUCACAUUCGAAAGUGUAUCUGGUAUCAUGGCUGCAAGUCGCUGACAGGUGAUGGAGACUGUACAUACAAACUCAGUGCUAUUGUAUUUAUUCUUCUGUGAGGAUGUGGGUCUUCCAUUUCUGCAAGACUUUCAAAUCUGUGAUGCAGAUGGAGACCAAAGAAAGACCUGACAUUUUGUUGGCUUGAACUGGAAUCCGAAACAGCAUACAGAAACAUCAACAAACAUUUCCUUUAGACUAAUAAAUUACUGGCAUUCAACAACAAA